AUGUCCUCCGACAAGAAUGGUGGCUAUGACCCCGAAGUAGCAGUAGACUCGCCCCCUAUUUCGGGAACCGGCUUGAACAUUCCUUCACGCAAGUCCUUGCAUGCAGGUGGAACCACACCUGCCUCUCCACCCGACACAUCGUCUCUAAAGCAGUAUCGCGCGCCUGUGCCUAAAGCCACUGCCCGCCCUGCAGUCCAGCCUACUCACAUGCCUUCCACGAUAAGCAGCCAGGCAAGCGCCAAGUUAGGUACUCUGACAUUGGAAGAUAAUGAUUGGCCUACAAAACCUGAAGAAGAUCUCCAGUUAAAAUUAUUUCACCAAGUAUCUGAAUGGCUGCAAAAUGAGAAGUCUCGGCAAACUGUUCACAAAGCCAAACAGGCUGAAGCCACCUCGAAACAGAGGGAUGGCUCUACCAGUGCUCCCCGAGCGUCGGAGGAACCUCGAAGUUGUUCUGGGUCUGUCUUGCCCCUGGAGAAGUUGGAAGAGAUCCUUGUGCAGUACUCGCGCUCGCGCGGUCUAGAUUCGUUGGAUGCACUCCAGUCUGUGAGUCGGGCAUCUCGGCGCCGACCCAAAGGACUUCGCCGGGGCUCUGCUUCGGACUCAGACUACGCUGAUUUUGAUGCUCCUGUUCCCGGAGUAGAGGCUGUCCUUGAUAACUCCAAGACCCUGGCCUACAACUCAAGUGUCGCCGCAGAUGACGAUAUUGUUGACAUCAGCACAUCUUCAAAGCGCUCCAAGGAUCGGGAAGCUUGGCAGAUAUUUAGGGCAGAGAUCCUGCGACUUGCGCAUACUUUGCAACUCAGAGGCUGGCGCAAAGUGCCAACGGCAAAAGCAAAUGACAUCGAGGUCGUGCGACUCAGUGGUGCGUUAACUAACGCGGUGUAUGUGGUUCAGCCGCCUAAGAACCUUCCUCCCCCGAAGAGUGACUCCAACUCCUUGGUUCCCAGGAAGCCUCCACCAAAACUUCUGCUUCGGAUUUACGGUCCUCAGGCUGAGCACUUGAUUGACCGUGAGAAGGAACUGCAGAUAUUGCGCCGCCUUGGUCGAAAGAACAUUGGCCCCCGCGUACUCGGAACAUUCAAAAAUGGUCGAUUCGAGCAAUUUUUAGAGGCUCGCACGUUGACAGCGAAGGAUCUACGGAUUCCAGAGACUGCUAAGCAUAUUGCGAAACGAAUGCGUGAGCUUCAUGAUGGCAUAGACCUUCUUAAGGAGGAGCGAGAAGGUGGACCGAGAGUCUUCCAGGAUUACGAAAAAUGGGUCGAUCACUGUGAGAAGUUGACGUCGUGGUUGGACAAAGAGGUGCAAUCACCGGAAAAUAAGGCUAAGGCGGCGACUGAAUCAUGGCGGCGGCGCGGGUUUGUUUUCGGCGUGCCGUGGUCGAUGUUCCGCAAGGCCGUGGACCAAUAUAGGACUUGGCUUGUCGCCACCUGUGGUGGAAUGGAAGAGAUCAAGCGGCAACUCGUAUUCGCCCACAACGAUACUCAAUAUGGUAAUCUACUCCGAAUGCAACCGGCUACGGAAUCGCCGCUGCUCCUCCCCGCGAAUGAGCAUAAGCAGCUUGUUGUCAUCGAUUUCGAGUAUGCGUCGGCAAACACCCGCGGGUAUGAGUUCGCCAAUCACUUUACCGAAUGGUGUUACAACUACCACGAUGAAGAGCGCUCAUGGGCCUGCAAUAACCGCGCCUACCCAACUCCAGAAGAGCAAUAUCGCUUCAUCUCAAAUUACUUGACACAUCGUCCCGCGAGUGUUGCUGCUGGACACAUGUCGCCAGUCAUUUCUGGUCGCAAUGCCCCGGCUAUCACCCCACUAGAUCUGGACGAAAAUCCCACAGAGCCCAGCUGGCACCAAGCCCAAUCUAUCGAGCAAGAGUUAGAAAAGGGAGUACGCGACUUGAUGAAACAAACACGUCUUUGGCGUGUAAUCAGCUCAGUAAAUUGGGCGACAUGGGGUAUCGUCCAAGCCAAAAUACCAGGUAUGAAAGAAGGAAUCGCCAAGAUGGCUGGCGUUUCCGAUGAUGCAGAAGGUCUUGCCAGCUCACAAGCGCCCGUGACACCCCCGGUGGAAUCUGAUGCCGAAGAAGAAGAGGGUUUUGAUUACUUGGCCUAUGCCCAAGACAGAGCCAUGUUCUUUUGGUCUGAUCUACUGCAACUGGGCCUGGUGAAGCCGGAAGAGUUGCCCGCUGACUUGGUGGAACAUAUACGCACUCGGAUUGUCGAUUACUGA